CCCAGAAGGGAAGACCCGGUGGGCGUGUGGUCGAACACUACCACUACACUCAAUGGCCCGACAUGGGAACGCCAGAGUACCCGCUGCCGCUGCUCACCUUUGUGCGAAAGGCGUCCCACGCCAAGCGCCACGCCGUGGGGCCCGUUGUCGUCCAUUGCAGCGCUGGGGUGGGAAGAACAGGCACGUACAUUGUGCUAGACAGUAUGUUGCAGCAAAUUCAACAGGAAGGAACUGUCAACGUAUUUGGCUUCUUAAAACACAUUCGUUCACAAAGAAAUUAUUUGGUGCAAACUGAG